UGGCGAGGCGAGGUGGUGCCCUUUCAUGAAGUCGCUGGAGGAAAAGGGCUUGGGAAGUUGGGCUGCGGCGCGACCGGAGGACGGCGCAGGCGGCCGGGGCGCGCUGGGAAAGGCCGUCGGGCGAGAGCUCCUCGCCCCCUUCCUUCCUCUCCCCCGGGAAGCCGAGCCAUGAGCCAGGAUCGGCAAUGAGAGCACAAUGGGGCCCUUUCCCAGCCCCCACUGGCUCUGCGUGGGGCUCCUCUUGGGUGCGCUCCGGCCGGGCGUGGGCACCACGGAAGUAUGCACAGGAACAGACAUGAAGCUGCAGCAACCGUCCAGCCCGGUCAACCAUUAUGCCACUCUCCGGCGGCUGUACGAGAACUGCCACGUUGUGCAAGGCAACUUGGAGAUCACCUAUCUGCCGGCUGACGUGGACACCUCCUUUCUCGUGAACAUCCGAGAGGUCCAGGGGUACGUCCUGAUUGCCAAGAACCACGUGCAUCACUUACAGCUGAAGAGCCUUCUCAUCAUUCGGGGGACGCAGUUAUACGAGGACAAAUACGCUCUGGCUGUCCUCGGAAAUGCCGAUCCCACUGGGAAUGUGGGACUGCAGGAACUGGGCAUGCUGAAAUUGACAGAAAUCCUGAAAGGCGGAGUGAUCGUCCAGGAAAAUCCACAACUCUGCUUCCAGGAGACCAUUGACUGGAGCGACAUCUUCCACAAACACAACAACUGGCACAACGACACAGAGAUCAGCAGCACCCAUCGCCGUCGGACGUGCCCUGACUGCAGACGAGUCUGCCCCAACGGCCACUGCUGGGGUGAAGCAAAACAGAACUGUCAAACAAUGACCAGCACGAUCUGCGCCAGCAGCUGUCCGAGGUGCAAAGGGCCUCUCCCCACAGACUGUUGCCACGAGCAAUGCGCAGCAGGCUGCACGGGACCGAAGCAUUCCGACUGCCUGGCCUGCCUCCACUUCAACCACAGCGGGAUGUGCGAGCUGCAUUGCCCAUUUUUCUUCCACUACAUCCAGGACAACUACGAGUCUGUUCCCAAUCCAAACGGGCGCUACACCUUCGGAGCCACAUGUGUCACUGAAUGCCCUUAUAACUACUUGACUGCAGAGGUUGGCUCCUGUACUUUGGUGUGUCCUCAGAACAGCCAGGAGGUGACUGUGGGCACUGUUCAGAAGUGCGAGAAAUGCAGCAAGCCCUGCCCAGAAGUCUGCUACGGCUUGGGGAUGGAUUUCCUGAAAGGGGUCCGGGCUGUCAACGCUACCAACAUCGAGCACUUCGUGGGCUGCACCAAGAUCUUUGGCAGCCUGGCCUUCCUUAAAGAGACCUUUCUGGGGGAUCCUUCCACAAAUACCCCACCUCUGGCCCCUGAACAACUUCAAGCCUUUAAACACCUGAAGGAUCUGACAGGUUUCUUAUUCAUUGAAUACUGGCCAGAAACCCUCCCAGAUUUAAGCCCCUUCCAGAACCUCCAGGUGAUCCGGGGACGAGCACUCUACAACGGGGCGUACUCUCUGACUUUGCAGAACCUCCCCAUCUCCUCGCUGGGCCUGCGUUCCCUGCACGAGAUCAGCAGCGGCAUGGUCCUCGUCCACCACAACCCCAACCUCUGCUUCAUCCAGAACGUGCCUUGGGAGGACAUUUUCAGGAACCCCCGACAGAUGCUCUUCCACAACGACAACAAGCCCACGGAGCAGUGUGAGCUCGACGGUCAAACGUGCUUCUCCCUCUGCUCCAAGGGCCACUGCUGGGGACCUGCGGCGACUCAGUGUGUAUCUUGCAGUGGGUUUCUGCGCGGAGAGGAGUGUGUCGAGAGCUGCAAUAUUCUGGACGGAGAUGUCCGGGAACAUGUCAACGGCACCCGUUGCCUUUCGUGCCACGCAGAAUGCCUGCCCCAGAAUGGCACAGAGACUUGCUACGGAUCGGAGGCAGAGCAGUGCGUGGCAUGUGCCCAUUAUAGAGACGGCCUCUCCUGCGUGGAGCGGUGCCCCAGCGGCGUGAAGGUCGACGCCUCUUUUGUGCCCAUAUGGAAGUAUCCCGACGAGGAGGGCGUCUGUCAGUUCUGCCCAACCAACUGCACCCACUCGUGCACGCUACGGGAUGGACUUGGCUGCCCGCUGGACCAGAAGCCAAGCCAGGCCACGUCCAUCAUCGCUGGUGUGGUGGGCGCGGCACUCGUCCUGGUCCUCUUGUUCCUCAUCAUCAUCUGCAUCAACCGGCGGAAGCAGCAGGAGCGGAAGCACACGAUGCGGCGCCUCCUCCAGGAGACGGAGCUGGUGGAGCCCUUGACUCCCAGCGGAGCUCUGCCUAACCAGGCUCAGAUGCGCAUCCUCAAGGAGACAGAGUUGAAGAAAGUCAAGGUUUUGGGGUCCGGCGCCUUUGGGACAGUGUACAAGGGCGUUUGGAUCCCAGAUGGUGAGAGCGUGAAGAUCCCAGUAGCCAUUAAAGUCCUGCGGGAAAAUACGUCACCCAAAGCCAACAAGGAGAUUUUGGACGAAGCAUACGUCAUGGCAGGUGUGGGCAGCCCGUACGUCUCGCGGCUGCUGGGCAUCUGCCUCACUUCCACAGUCCAGCUGGUCACGCAGCUGAUGCCGUACGGUUGCCUGCUGGACUACGUCAGGGAGAACAAGGAGCGCAUUGGGUCCCAGGACCUUCUGAACUGGUGUGUGCAGAUCGCCAAGGGAAUGAGCUACCUGGAGGACGUCCGCCUGGUCCAUCGGGACUUGGCCGCUCGGAACGUCCUGGUGAAAAGCCCCAAUCACGUCAAGAUCACAGACUUUGGCUUGGCCCGGCUCCUGGACAUAGACGAGACGGAGUAUCAUGCCGACGGAGGGAAGGUGCCUAUCAAAUGGAUGGCGCUGGAGUCCAUCUUGCGCAGACGAUUCACCCACCAGAGUGACGUGUGGAGCUACGGCGUCACCGUGUGGGAGCUGAUGACGUUUGGCGCCAAACCGUACGAUGGCAUCCCGGCCCGAGAGAUCCCCGAUCUACUGGAGAAAGGGGAGCGGUUGCCCCAGCCCCCCAUCUGCACCAUUGAAGUCUACAUGAUCAUGGUGAAAUGUUGGAUGAUUGACUCAGAAUGCCGGCCCAAGUUCCGGGAGCUGGUCACAGAGUUCUCGCGGAUGGCCAGGGACCCGCAGCGCUUUGUGGUCAUCCAGAACGACGAUGCGAUGGGCCUGGCCAGUCCCAUAGACAGCGCUUUCUACCGCACUUUGCUGGAAGAGGAGGACAUGCAGGAUCUGGUGGAUGCCGAAGAGUACCUGGUCCCCCACCAGGGCUUCUUCAGUGCCGAGAUGUCGUCCGACUACCGAUCCAGGAUCCCCUCCACCAGAAGUGCCACAGAAACUCAGGCGCACACAGAGGAGGCGGAGGCAGAGGCUCAGAAUCCUUACCUGGGCCCAGAUCUCCCGGAACACUUAGAACCCAUCCCUCUCUGCGCCCUGGAGGACGACUACGCAGGCAGGAAGUCGCUGUGGAUGCCGCCGCUGCUGCUGCAGGAGCCUAUCACGCUACAGCGCUACAGCGAAGACCCUACCAGUGCUUCGAUGAGUGAAAACGAGAGCCUGGAAGCUAAGAACUACAGUUCACCUGUACCUUGUGGAGUUGUUCCAGAAUAUGUGAACCAGCUGGAGAACAGCCUCUCACCCGGCAAAAGCCUGCGUACGCCGGGAUCCACGCUGGAAAAGCCGAAAGGCCAUCUGGGCAAGAACGGGCUCAUCAAGGAACCAAAGAGCACCUUCCACAGCAGCUUCCCCAACGUGGUGGAGAACCCGGAGUAUCUGACCCCGCGCAACCUCCCUGUGGCUGGCCCCUUGCCGCAGGCCUUCGACAACCUUUAUUACUGGAACCAGGAGACCCCCAUGAGCCACCUGGCGGAAUUGUUUCCCGCCUCUGCUGCCGCCGCCGCCGCCUCCACAAACAGCUUCGCCACGACGCCGACCGCGGAGAACCUGGAGUACCUCGGCCUGGCGGAAUCGGUCCCUCAUUCCAAGGACUCGUCGGCCUAAAGGGCCUCCGCCCCUGUCAGCAGUGAAAUCCGAGUUUCACAAUCCAGGCAGCUCAGGACACAAGCUCACCGACUGUUGAUGGACAUAAGACGGCAGGGAUACCGCGAGGUUUCGGUGCCUCGCUUGGGGCCGAGCAGCCCCGCUCUCCCCCCUCACAGCCGGGCUCAUGUCCUGUCAAGAGCAGUCUCCCAAAUCGUGCCCGUUUGGGCAAGCCAGCCGCGGCUUGGUUGGGCGAGGAAACAAAACGGAGGGUUCGUUCAGCCCGCCCCCUCUUCCGUCUCCCGCCUUUGUCUUCCUUGGCUCUCGAGAGAAAAAAAAAAUAAGGUCAGGAAAAGAGCUAAAGCGUCGGAACGAUGACAUGGCUCAUGAAACUUUGGCGGGCUUUCUUAACUGGAGUCACUACAAUUGCGAGGACACACAAAGAAACGAAGUCCCCAGUGUUGGUGUAUCCUAUAACCUUUGUCGGUUUGUUUUGAUAGCAGUGGGGUAAAAGGGAACGUUUGACCUUAAUGAUCAGAAAAAGACUGACCUUCCGAGGGGUUAUGGUGAAAGAACCUGUGGUGGAAUGGACACAAAACCCCUCUCAUGAGGGUGUGGGGAGAGAACACUGUUGUUGUUGUUGUUGUUCAGUUGUACGGUCGAGUCCGACUCUUCGCGACCCCAUGGACCA